AUGUUGGCACCCCGGAAGCUGGAACUGCUGACUCCUGCAUGGGGACUGGUGAGUGUCCACUGCCAGCCAGCCGGUUCUGUCGCAGAAGAGCAGGUUUUUGAUGCUGCGCUCCCACCAACAGCGACAACAUCAGUUCCGUUUGUGACUUUGCGGAGCACAGCAACACUGCUGGUGGACGCGGAUCAGGAGCUCCGGCUAAUCCAUGAGCCGGAUAGCGUGGAGCAGGCGGUGGGCUACUUCGAGGGGGCUCUGAGGAAGGUGGGACGGGAGGUACGGGAUAUCGGGGCGCUGAGACGGGACGUGGAACAGCGGAUCGAGGAGCUGCUGCAUUUGGUGAAGCCGCUGUCGCAGAUUGUGGACAGACUGCAGGGGGAGGAGAACCGAGAACUGCGGGGACAGGUCCAGCGCCUCGCCCAGCAGGUGGAGCGGCUGACGGGCGGAGACACCGAGAUAGCAGCCGGGGUGUGCACCGAGCCGGCCGGAAGGCCUGGAGGGCAGAUGACCGAGCAGAAUGGAAUGGAAGGCAGCGGACCCCCACAUUUCAGGACAGAACUAGACCCCUUCCACUCUGCACGAGGGAAGGAGGGGACUGCACAGUGGAAUGUGCCGUCCCCGGCUCCACACAAAAACCCGCCGGCAGCAGUCAGCCUGGCUCACCUGCCUAUCACCGCCGUUACCAAGUCCGGCGAGAAGUUCGCUGCGGAGGUGUUGAGUAGCACCACUCCCCGCUCGGAGUCCCUCGCUCAGCCGGCUUUGAGCAAACCCCAGACAGACUGUGUCAGCCAGAUGGCACCACAGACAGGCAAGAACGCCAACAUCAACAGGACGCUCUCUUCUGCCACACACUCCACGUCAAGCGACGUCCAUUCUCCAACCAGUGUCCUUGACCUUUACCCGGGUGUGAACUCCAAAUCCCGGUCACCACCGCCAACAGCACCUCGCCAGGGGGGGAAGAGGCCUCAGCUGAUGCGGUCACAGACUCUGCCCCGGACAUCAGCACCCCAGUCCAGAAAGGCACUCUUUGAGAAGUUUGAGCCAGAAGGCAGCAGGGGGAGAGUCGGGGUUUCAAAGGGAAAGCUCCAGAGAUCACAGAGUUUUGGAGUGGCUAGUGCGAGCAGCAUCAAACAGAUCCUCCUGGAGUGGUGUCGCUCCAAGACGAUAGGGUACAAGUUCAUUGACAUCCAGAACUUCUCCUCCAGUUGGAGCACCGGAAUGGCAUUCUGCGCCCUUGUCCACUCCUUCUUCCCUGAGGCUUUUGACUACAAUGAGCUCAAUCCCAGUGACCGCAAGCACAACUUUGAGCUGGCGUUCGGCACGGCUGAGAAGCUGGCACACUGCGACAGGUUAAUUGAAGUGGAGGAUAUGAUGGUGAUGGGGAACAAGCCUGACCCCAUGUGUGUCUUCACCUACGUCCAGUCGCUCUACAACCACCUUCGCCGCUUUGAAUGAGCCCACCGCCGUACCAGAGUGAUGGGUGAGGGGAGAUGGCCCAGCAGCACUGAUAAUCCCAGCUCUAGGAGAGUGGUGCCAGGGAUGAACAGCAGCUCCCGCUGACACAGGGUAGAAACAGCCAAUGCAGGUUGCACCCUGAUCGUCCUGACCCACUCCGAAGUAGCAUCUUACUUUAAAGAUUACAAUAAAAAGAAAUAUCACUAGUUUUGUCAGGAG